CGCCUCGACGCUAGCUUGUGGAUUUGACUUGCGAGUCGUGAGAGUUUGCACGACCUCCAAUUCUUCGUCUAUCUUCAGGUCGUCGAAAUCGGUCUACACCUAGACAGGGAGGAAUCCGAUUUGCAUCUCAACAUGGCUUCUCUUCGUCUGAGAAAGUUCGGAGAAAAGCUUCAAGUGAAGGGCGACGAAGCUCAACACGAAAAGACAGACUCUUGGAGCAAUCGCGAUCUCAUCCCUCUGCCUCCAUCUCGGAGAACAUGGGCAGCUUUCCAUUACUUCGGGUACUGGGCCAUCAGUUCUCUGAAUGUCAGCAAUUGGCAAACCCCGAAUACAUACCUGACUUUGGGGCUUUCGGUAGGCCAAUCGAUGGCUGUGAUUGUCAUUUCCAGAGCUCUUAUUGCCCUAUUCUCGACACUUGUUGCUUGGUGUGGGCUGAAAUGGCAUAUCGGAUUCACGAUUCAGAAUAGAUACACCUGGGGAAUGCGAGGAAGCUACAUUCCGUUACUUCAGCGUAUCUUGUUGAACUUCAUCUGGACGGCUGUACAAUGUUGGAAUGGCGGAAGACUGGUCGCUGUUUGUAUCACAGCUAUAUGGCCAUCGUUUGCGACGAUUGAAAACACUCUACCUUCGAAUAUGCCGACAACGACUUAUCAGUUCGUCGGAUUCAUCGUUUUCUGGACAUUGUCCCUCCCAUUCCUGUUCAUUAGACCUGAAAAAUUCAAGCUUCCAUUCCAAGUCGUUUCCGCUUAUUGUGGUAUCGGAAUGAUAUGCAUGAUGAUUUGGUCGCUUUCAGUAGCCAAAGGAGUUGGUCCUGUUUUCUCGGAAGGCGAGAAAAUCCCGUCUGAAAGCAGGUGGAAUUCUUCGUGGCUCAUAAUGUCUGGUAUCAACCAGAUGCUGGGAGGCAUUGCAGCGGGAAUCACGAACGGUUCGGAUUUCUCGAGAUAUGCCAAGUCUCCAAAGCACUAUAUCUUGGGUUCCAUAGCUUCAGUCUGGGUAGUCGGUACCAUGGUCAGUUUCGUGGGAUUGGUUACAACUAGUGCAUGCCAGAAAAUCUAUGGCGAAAUAUACUGGAACCCACCUGACUUGUUGAUGGUGAUGAUGGACGCCGGCCAGGGAUCAUCUAAGGCGAGGACCGGGGUGUUCUUCCUGUCAGCUGGGUUUGCUCUGACUGCGAUGUUCGAGAAUAUUUGUGGAAACGCCGUAGCUGGUGGAAUCGACUUAGCGGGAUUGUUUCCUCGUUACAUUGACAUCCGAAGAGGUGCUCUGAUCACAUUUAUCGCAUGCUGGGUCGUCCAGCCAUGGCAGCUCAUCAACAAAGCCGCGACAUUUAUCACAGUCUUAAGCUCCUUCGCCGUCUUCCUAGCUCCAAUGAUUGGAGUAAUGUGCUGUGAUUUCUUCAUUCUUCGGAAACAAAAGAUUCAACUGAGCAAUCUGUACCGAACGCAUGAUACUGCUUACUGGUACUUUCAUGGUGUCAACUGGAGAGUUAUCCCAGCCUGGCUGUGUGGAUGGGGUCCAACUGUGGGAGGUUUGAUUCUCACAGUGCGGGGCAAUACCACUGCUCCGAAAAGGUUGUUCGAGCUUUAUUAUAUGGCGUUCUUCUUCGGUUUCUUCACAAGCGCUCUCCUCUUCUACGUUACAAUGCGUCUGUUUCCUGUACCUGGAAUGGGCGAUUUCGAUGAUGUGGAUUAUUACGGUGCGUUCACUGCCAAAGAAGCCGCCAAACUGGGGGUCAUGCCACUUGACUCGUUGGAUGUUCCGUUGGAGAGAGUUGAGCAUAUAGAGCGUUUGAAGUCGGGGGAGAAAGGUCCGAAGACGGAAUAUAUUGUUGCUGAUGGAGUGUAUUGAAAGUUGGGGGUAUUGCGCUAUGUUACCGGUGUGGAAAGUGCAUCUACUUGAGACAGGAAAGGCAUGGAAACAAUUGUCUUUGCUACUUUAGUCUCGAGUGUAUAGCUGGAGCUUCGAACAGAGCAACAUUAAUCAGAUAAAUUAUUGCCUCCACAC